UUGCCCCUCGGAGACGCCACGAGUAGAAUACUACUGGGCAUACAGUGUAGUUAAUUCAGUACAGAGGUUGUAUGUGAUCCGAGAGCACUAUCGAGACACUGGCUUCCACCAAUGCAUACUGUCCAGAUUACCUAGGGCUUGGUUUCCUCACCAACCAGCAGUUUUUCACAGCCGACACGGCAGCUGCAUUAUAUCAGCGCUGUAACAUCGUGAGCAGCAGCAGCUGCUUCGACACAGGGGCACUGCGAGUCUGCAGCUGCACGAGUGACUACGGAAUCAGUGUGCUGGAAGCCGAAGCUUAUCAUUAAAAAAAAAAAAAAAAAUUCUAAAGGAUUCCAAUUGUAGUUUUUUUUUAUCCACCCACGGGACCUCCUUCAUCAAGCUUUGUGUCGCUCGAUUUCAGGUACACAAAAUCUUCUGUAGAAUUAGUAACAGUGCAAUAGUAUGUGUGUGCUUUCUUCAACUUAAUCUAUGCAGUAGCAACCGGCGCUGUUUCAAAGCAGCGAUCAACCCCCCCCAUAUUGCAAAACAGACGGAAGGAUACUCCGAAUGCGCUUUGUAGCACACACCGGAUCUAGAUGCACACCUGUGGAACUACCACUGUAUCUAUAUAUAAUGAAACGAAGCUCGGAAUUCCAAUUUCUCCACGGUGUACAUUAAUUUCUGGGGAACCGACUUCGGUGAAAUUUCCAUAAACUUUGAUAAAAAAAAAAAAAAAAAAAAAAAAAAAACGGAAUGUUAAAGGCUCAGGAAGAAAAACAAAUCCUAAGCAUCGUUUUUGAAACAUAUAGUUUGGAUCUUCUCAACAAUUCUGUUUUUUUCUUUCCGGCGGUGGCAGAGUGGAGUGUGAAGAACGGACUAUUUUCACAAAUCAUUUGCAAGAUGUGUGUGCAUGAUGUUCUCCGCUCCCACUUCUAGCACUAGAGCUACAUUCUGGAAUAACAGAAGUGGCAACAGGGCUUGAAGUACUGUAUAACAGUAUUGUACGUGUCUAAUGCAUUUGAUUUGACAUCGACAUCUGCAGAGCUGAAACCAAUGACUUACUAGUCUAGUUCAGCUUCAGCGGGGGAGUGCGCUCUGCUAACAUCAAUCAUUUCUCACUGCCAGUCAAUCUCAGCAUUACAAGAUUAAGUACAGCAGCUUGAUAGAGGAUUUCAUAUAGUAAACCGUAAAGGGCUAAUUUUCAGCAUCGUAAGCCAGGAGCUCUGAAGGAACGCUGCACUUAAAAAAAAAAAGAAACAACAGAACACGCUCAUUUCAGUCGAGUUUCAGCACCACUGCUUCGUGGACAGCGCAUCUCAUUUUUGUUUUUUGUUGUUUUUCAUUUUUUUCACAAUAAUCUCUGGCCCAUUUUAUAGCGGGAUGUUCGUUUGGACAUGCAUUCAACUGGCUGACAUAGAAGAGGGCAGAACGUAUGACUGAAACAAAAGCAUAUACAUUCAAACAAAGCCACAAGUUUUUCGCUUCAGCAUCUUUCCGCAUUGAGAAGGCAGAGGGGCACUGCAAACGGCUUGAGCAAGGCGGGCUUCUAUACUGACUGGAACGCUGAUGAAUUGUAAGACGGGAGAGGGAACGUAUUGUCAAUGCAUUCGCCCCAGUGCUGCUCAUUCACGACUGUAGCAUCAUCCCUGGAAUUUUGGAUUGCCUGACAUGACCCCCCCCCCCCCCCCCAAGGAAUUCGUAUCAGAGGAAUUAAUUCACAACGGAUGACAGCUGCUUUCUGACCGGCAAAUAAAGAAGCAGUAUUUGUUUUACAAUAAAAACACAAUACAAAAAUAAGUAAAUUCCUGACAUUAAACUUUGGAUGAAAGACAAGGAGAUUAUAAACACCUUUGUUCUUCCUAACUCCUCCACCAAGAGCUCUUAAUGGAUUGGCAUGUGUUGUGCACCAGACACUGCUUUAAUUGCUUUCAUUUGCUUGUCACUGAGGGGAGAGAGAGAACAAACAUCUAAAAAAAGGAAUUAAACCAUAAAAGGUGUGAUAUGAAAGUCGGCCGUCAGAGAAAGGGGUUGUUUUAGUGCCACUUUUUAUCCGAAGGAAUUGCUGGAGCUUUGAGAGGGCUAGAAAGGGCUAGUUACUAGAGUAGAUGAAGAAUCCAACCCUUUUACCGGCAGUCACCAUGACGUUUCUUCUGGGCUGGUCGCAGGACUGGCCCUGCUACAGGAAGCGGUCUCUGGUCUUUGCACUUUUCCUGGUUUGCUGUCUUGUCCCGUCAGUUACCCCCAAGCCCAGAUCUCCGGGGCACACUCACUUGAAUUCAAUCCGGAUAGACGGAGAUAUCGCUCUGGGCGGGCUCUUCCCGGUCCAUUCACGGGGCAGCGACGGGAAAGCCUGCGGAGAACUCAAAAAGGAGAAAGGGAUUCACCGAUUGGAAGCCAUGCUUUACGCUGUGGAUCGUAUCAAUAACGACCCAGAGCUGCUGCCCAACAUCACUCUGGGAGCCCGGAUCCUGGAUACCUGCUCGCGGGACACUCACGCGCUGGAGCAGUCGCUCACCUUCGUGCAGGCACUCAUCGAGAAGGACGGCACUGAUGUCAAGUGCCUGAGCGGAGGACCGCCCAUCAUCACCAAGCCUGAGAGAGUGGUGGGAGUCAUCGGGGCGUCUGCUAGCUCAGUCUCCAUCAUGGUGGCCAACAUACUGCGUCUCUUUAAGAUCCCCCAGGUCAGCUAUGCAUCGACAGCCCCCGAGCUGAGUGACAACACGCGCUAUGAUUUCUUCUCUCGGGUGGUCCCGCCCGAUACCUAUCAGGCUCAGGCCAUGGUGGACAUUGUCAAGGAGAUGCGCUGGAACUACGUCUCCACUGUGGCGUCUGAAGGCAACUAUGGAGAGAGCGGCGUCGAUGCCUUCAUCCAGAAAUCCCGCGAGGACGGGGGUGUGUGCAUCUUCACGUCUGUGAAGAUCCCGCGGGAGCCCAAAGCCGGAGAGUUCGACAAAGUCAUCAAACGGCUGCUGGAGAACUCCAACGCCAGGGUCGUUAUCAUGUUCGCAAACGAGGACGACAUCAGGCGGGUCCUGGAUGCAGCCAAGAAAGCCAACCAGACAGGUCACUUCCUGUGGGUGGGGUCUGACAGUUGGGGCUCCAAGAUCUCCCCAGUGCUGCACCAGGAAGUUGUGGCAGAGGGUGCUAUCACCAUCCUGCCCAAGAGGAUGACUGUCAGAGGUUUUGACCGGUAUUUUUCCAGCCGUACUCUGGACAACAACAGGAGAAACAUCUGGUUUGCAGAGUUCUGGGAGAACAAUUUCCAUUGCAAACUCAGCCGACAUGCGCUGAGAAAAGGCUCCAGCAUCAAGAAGUGCACAAACCACGAGCGGAUUGGCAAGGACUCAUCGUACGAGCAGGAGGGCAAGGUGCAGUUCGUGAUCGACGCGGUCUACGCCAUGGCGCAUGCCCUUCACAACAUGCACACGCUGCUGUGCCCGGGCAAAGUGGGACUCUGCCCCAAGAUGAACCCCAUCAACGGCACCAUGCUGCUCAAGUUCAUCCGAGAUGUCAACAUCACGGGCAUUGCUGGAAACCCAGUGCUGUUUAAUGAAAACGGCGAUGCCCCGGGACGCUACAAUAUCUACCAGUAUCAGAUCAAGAACAACACCGCAGAGUACAAAGUCAUCGGGCAGUGGACCAACCAUCUGCAUUUAAAUACUCAUGCAAUGCAGUGGCCAGGUGGUACCCAUCAAGUGCCACUCUCUACUUGCAGCCGGCCAUGUGGCCCUGGGGAGCGCAUGAAGGUGGUAAAGGGCACCCCCUGCUGCUGGCACUGCGAACGUUGUGAGGGGUACCAGUUCAGGGCAGAUCGCUACACCUGCAAGAUGUGUCCCUUUGGCCAACGCCCCAACGAGAACCACAUGUACUGCCAGGACAUCCCCAUCGUCCAGCUGGAGUGGACCUCCCCCUGGGCAGUCAUCCCGGUCUUCCUUGCUAUCAUCGGAAUCCUGGCCACGCUGUUCGUGGUGGUCACGUUUGUCCGCUAUAAUGACACGCCCAUUGUUAAGGCUUCUGGGCGCGAGCUGAGCUACGUUCUCCUGACAGGGAUCUUUCUGUGCUAUGCCACCACUUUCCUCAUGAUCUCCAAGCCUAACGUGGGCAUCUGCUCGCUGCGGCGCAUCUUCCUGGGCUUGGGUAUGAGCAUCAGCUACGCGGCUUUGCUGACCAAGACCAACCGCAUCUACCGUAUCUUUGAGCAGGGCAAGAAAUCAGUCUCCGCUCCGCGCUUAAUCAGCCCAGCCUCCCAGCUUGUGAUCACCUUCAGCCUGAUUUCUCUGCAGUUAAUGGGGGUCUGCAUUUGGUUCUUGGUGGACCCCCCCCAAGCCAUCACUGACUACCACGACCAGCGCACGUCCAACCCGGUCUUAGCCCGCGGGGUGCGCAAGUGUGAUAUCUCGGACCUGUCCCUCAUCUGCCUCCUUGGCUACAGCAUGCUGCUGAUGGUCACCUGCACCGUGUACGCGAUCAAGACCCGCGGGGUCCCAGAGACCUUCAACGAGGCCAAGCCCAUCGGCUUCACCAUGUACACCACCUGCAUCAUCUGGCUAGCCUUCAUCCCCAUCUUCUUUGGGACCUCACAAUCCAACGAGAAGUUGUACAUCCAGACGACCACGCUGACGAUCUCAGUGAGCCUGAGUGCCUCUGUCUCGCUGGGGAUGCUCUACAUGCCCAAGGUGUACGUCGUGCUCUUCCAUCCCGAGCAGAACGUGCCCAAGCGCAAGCGCAGCCUGAAAGCUGUGGUCACGGCCACCACCAUGUCCAACAAGUUCACGCAGAAGGGCAGCUUCAGACCCAACGGGGAGGCCAAGUCAGAGGUGUGCGAGAGCCUGGAGACGCAAGCAUUGGCUUCCAAGCAAACUUACAUCAGCUACAGCAACCAUGCAAUCUAACCAAGAGCCUCUGGCAGUGCCUGCCAUCCCUAUGAAGAGUUCACUACGCUGAAACAAGAUGAACUGAAAAAAGAGGGAGAAACUAAAGAAAAAUGCAAACAAAAACCGAAAAGGAUUCUGAGUACCAGGCAUGACCCUUUAAUGCCCGCUAGGUUACAAGGACGGGUCCUUGGAGGUCACUAUGGACGGGGUUGUGUCCUCAUGAUCAAACGGCAGCAACGGAGAUGUUUCCAAGGUAAUAGCAGCAGAUCACUUCAGAACUGAGCCUGUUUUCCUUCUUGUGUUGAUGACACCCUUUGUCUUUUGUUUUCUUGAUGUUUCCAUGACACCCCGUGAGCUUCAUUUUAGAGAGACAGACCAGCUGCUUCUGGGGGGUAGGGGGGUAUGUGUGUGUGUGUGUGUGUGUGUGUGUGUGUGUGUGCGUGUGUGACUGAGCGACAAGCAGCAAGAGAGACUUCCACAUAGGACUCUUCUGAAAAACCCUGCAGUAUAGCUGAAAUAUUAAUACACGGUUACUUUUUAAAUCACACAAAAUAUCCCUUGAAAAAGUACUACAGCAUACGACUGCGUCCAAAUUCUGGGUUAAAUGCCCUCCAGAUCCUUAGCUCUUAUCCCUAGACUCCACUGCCUCCCAGUAGUCAGCUUUUACAGCUAACCCACACUGCCAUCAAGUCUAAACACCAGGCAACCUAGGGCUGUCAAAUACGCUCAUGUGAACACCCGUAGUCGUUGCACUGCUUUCCGAAAUACCACCCUUACCGUAUCUCUGUGAAUCUGAAACAAACUAAAGAUUCACCCUGAAAACUACCACUCAGUUUGUGUUUAUGUUACAUCUGCAGUUUUGCUAGGCUGUUGAUUUAAAUGUAUACAUUUUUUUUUUUUUUACCUUAACCUGGAAAUUUGAUUUAACGUCUCCACAGAAAAUGUAAGUAAGGUGGUUUUCAUUUUUUUUUGAUUGAAUCGCUUACCUCCAGGAUACUUUAGGGUGCCAAGCGGUAUAUUUACAGUGAUGGUAGACAGUUCCAGAAACGCACUGUUGCGAAUUUCAUUACAUGAAGCAUCAGGGGUCUAACAAAGUUUUAGAAACUCCAGAAGGUAAACCACUAAAAAAACCACAAUGGAUGGCAAAGUCUGUUCUAGAAUCCUCAGCUCUUGCAACUCACAAAAUCAGCCGACAAUACAUCAGAUCAAGGAAAUGUUUCCUUUUUUUUUUUUUUUUUUAAAUAACAAAAAAUAAAUAAAAAAUCUAUAUAU